UGCGAUUCGUGAUAUGACUGAAAACAUGAGAUUAUCAGGUGUAGAAGUAAUAUUAGAUGAAGGUGAAGGAUUAAUGCAUACAUAUGCUUUAUUUCAUCUUUGGUCACCACAAAGUAGAUAUGCUCAAGAAAAAAUUGGCCAAUGGACUCGAGAACAAUUGGUAAUCGGAAUACAAUCAAAAUCGAAAACCAAUAGAGUUACAACAAGUCGAGAGUGUGCAUAUGAAAAUGAUCUUACGUCUUCGUUUGUAAUGAAAUUUGGUGCAGCAUUGUCACAUGAAAAUGAUAUUGAAGUUGUUCUUCCACAAGUAUAA